ACGCGCCACAAAGAACAAAGGCAACCUUGACACCUUCACAAUUGUGCGUUAUUCUGGACCUCAUUCUGCUUCUUGUGUAGGCAACAUCGACACUACAGAUCACGUGGCCUUGACAUCAGAAUUCAUCUGUAAAGAUGUGGUUGACAUUAUUCGCACUGAUCCUUCUCUUAAAGUGCAUACUAUCAUCGAGAUGUUGAAGGAAAAAUAUGGGUAUACGGUAUCUUACCGGAGAACAUGGAUGGGGAAGCAAAAGGCCAUAGCACAAAUAUUUGGCGGUUGGGAAAAGUCAUAUUUCGAAUUGCCCCGUUUCAUGACAGCGCUCCUGGUUUAUGCUGGUUUAUCUCGCAUGUCAUCCGCUACUGGCCUCGGUGUGUACAGGGAUGCAUUGGAUCGAAUGUCAGAGGACCAGAUCACAUGGAUGCCGUAUAGACCUGAUAUGUUAGCAGAGUUGCCCCCAGCUGGACGAGAGCAGACUCACAUAUGGCGAGCACGUGUGCCGCUAAUAUGUUUUGACAUUGUUGAGCUUCAUUUGCCUGAUAGAGUCAUGCGACAGUUUGGGUUUGAGCAGGUCAUUCCACGUCCUAUCGACACUUAUGUAGAGCUGCAUAAGCUGGAUAGGCGUGGGAAGCAUACAGAGGAUUGGGCACUCAGACAUGUCCGAUACGUGACUAUGUGGGAUAGGAGAGCUGAGCUAGCCGUGGCUGGGACACCCACAUAUGUGCCAUCAGUUUCAGGAGAUUACAUGGGAUGGUACUACAGCAUCACUCGGUUGUUUGUGUCUCCUUCGUUCAGACUCCCUACUCAUCAUUAUCAGCCUAGCUCAUUGGCAUUGCAUCUUACGCGCAUACAUCAGCGGGCUACUGCCACUGUGACUGAUAUUCCUGAUGUGGACAUGUAUGGACAGACUCUGACAGGCAUUGCCUCGUUAUGCUCAGAUGUGUUGGGUCGAGUAGACUACGGACAUCUUAUACACAUGCCCGCAUCUCAGGAGAUGGCAU